CCGUGUUCUGUUUGGGUGGUCCUGGGAGUUGAACCAACAGAGGACCACCGUGGUUGAAUUUAAUAAUUUAUUGUGUGUUCUAUUUCCUGCAGCUGUGGGUAAUCCCCAGCCUAUUGGGCAGCUCUGUGCUGCACUUCCUGUCUGAGGACCAAUGGGAGCGCGUCUCAGCCUGGCUCUAUGGGGCGGGGCUCACCUCCCUCUUCCUCAUCUCUACUCUGUUCCACACGGUGACCUGGAAGAAAAGCCACCUACGGUCUGUGGAGCACUGUUUCCACAUGUGUGACAGAAUGGUGAUCUAUUUCUUCAUAGCAGCCUCCUACGCCCCCUGGUUGAACCUGCGGGAGCUGGGACCCUGGACCUGUCACAUGAGGUGGUUGGUCUGGGUGAUGGCCUCUGUCGGAACCACAUACGUCUUCUUCUUCCACGAGAGGUAUAAGUUGAUGGAACUGAUCUGUUAUACAGUGAUGGGAGUGUUCCCAGCCUUGGUCAUCCUGUCAAUGCCGGACCGCGAGGGGCUGUGUGAGUUGUUAGUGGGCGGUGCCUGUUACUGUCUGGGCAUGGUGUUCUUCAAGAGUGAUGGCCUCGUCCCGUUCGCCCACGCCAUCUGGCACCUGUUUGUUGCCAUGGGAGCAGGCGUCCAUUACUACGCCAUCUACCGGUACCUCUACACGCCAGCAGCCAAUCAGAUGAAGACAUCCAGAUGACACACGGAGACCGGGGGCGAGGGGUGAUGACGUCACGGGACGUUGAAGGAAGGAGUGGACUUGUGAAGAAGUGAUGUCAAGAAAGGAGGGAUGGAGAGAUGAGAAUAGAACCAUAGCAACGUGGAGAGAUGAGAAUAGAACCAUAGCAACGUGGAGAGAUGAGAAUAGAACCAUAGCAACGUGGAGAGAUGAGAAUAGAACCAUAGCAACGUGGAGAGAUGAGAAUAGAACCAUAGCAACGUGGAGAGAUGAGAAUAGAACCAUAGCAACGUGGAGAGAUGAGAAUAGAACCAUAGCAACGUGGAGAGAUGAGAAUAGAACCAUAGCAACGUGGAGAGAUGAGAAUAGAACCAUAGCAACGUGGAGAGAUGAGAAUAGAACCAUAGCAACGUGGAGAGAUGAGAAUAGAACCAUAGCAACGUGGAGAGAUGAGAAUAGAACCACUGCGACUUGAAUGUAGAUCACUGGUUUAUGUGUCCUGGACAGACAGGAUGUAGAUCACUGGUUUAUGUGUCCUGGACAGACAGGAUGUAGAUCACUGGUUUAUGUGUCCUGGACAGACAGGAUGUAGAUCACUGGUUUAUGUGUCCUGGACAGACAGGAUGUAGAUCACUGGUUUAUGUGUCCUGGACAGACAGGAUGUAGAUCACUGGUUUAUGUGUCCUGGACAGACAGGAUGUAGAUCACUGGUUUAUGUGUCCUGGACAGACAGGAUGUUGAUCACUGGUUUAUGUGUCCUGGACAGACAGGAUGUAGAUCACUGGUUUAUGUGUCCUGGACAGACAGGAUGUAGAUCACUGGUUUAUGUGUCCUGGACAGACAGGAUGUUGAUCACUGGUUUAUGUGUCCUGGACAGACAGGAUGUAGAUCACUGGUUUAUGUGUCCUGG